UCUGGCCGCGUCGAGAUGCGUGCCAAUGGAUGGAGUGCCUGGUGCCUGGUGCCUGGUGUGAGGUGGGUUUCCUUCCCCCAGGCCCACGGCUCGUUUCGCCCCUGCCGCGGAGUCGUUCUAGCUUCGCGCCGCCCCGAGCUCCGGUCCGGCGACAACGGCCGUGCCCCUAGCCGCCAUCGCGGCAGCCAGCAGCGCAUCCUUUCUCUCCGGCGUUUAAUCGCCCUUCCCUACCUCUCCCAUCCCCUCUAUUAUUCCUCCAGCCAUGGAUCCGAGGACGACCCUUCGAAGAUUCCCCGUAUCCGGCGGCGUGUCAGCAAUCCCGGCCCGAUUUUAACUUCCGUGAGCGGAUGGAAUUCGGGCUGCAAGUUCCUCGUCUGCCGCGAGCGAGGUUAUGAUGGGGCUUGCAAGCUCUGGAUUUGGAAGAAUGUCGUUAUGCGAUUCGUGCAGGACAUGAUGCAGUUGUUGAUAUUGACUGGGACGAAACAAGCGUUGAUAACCGGACCAAAAAGUAGAUGAAGUUUUUAGUCAAAAUAGUGUCUUCAGUGAAGAAGAGGAGGAAGAAAUCACAUUAAGAUGGCAAAAGAAUUCAAUGAAGAAGAGGAUUUGUUCCACACCCUGAUGAUUUGGGCUUGUAACAUGAGGAACCUCGCAUCAAGAUGGCAAAAGAAUUGAAUGAAGCAUAUGAGCGCAGAUAUAUCAACCUUAGCAUUAUUAGUCUUGUAUUAUUAGGAAACUCCAUCAAUUAGGUAUUGUUGGUACUCAUGAAGAAUCUGCAUUGUAAUGUUUACUCAUUAUUAGUCUUCCGUGGAACCAAUGUAAGAUUUAAAUAUUGGCCAGUGUAUAUUCUACUGGUACCAUCUUCAAAGCUGGUUUCGAAGAAAUCAUUUUA